AUGAUAGCUAAUACAAAUGUUUUCACCAUAUACCCCUGUAUCUACUUGAGUAACCAAGACAUCGCCACACCACAUACAAGUGACACAAGGGUUCUCGACCAAGCCCGCUAUAGUACUGAGCCGAGCACUGGGCAGAGAACGCUGAUGGUACUAACGAGCUUCUCCAGCUCAAAUCAACCCAGCUUCAUUACAUAUCUUGCCGUUGAAGAGGCAUGGCAGGGUGGGGCGCAGCAAUUUGAUGGAGAGACCGUCUUAUCCCAACUGCACGUCGUGAUAUCAGGAUUCUACGUGCCACCACGCGCAUGCGCACGCACCGCACAAUUAUACAAAGCGGAGCAAACGGUGAUUCAUAUAUGUUCAUUUGACAUUAACAGAGACGGCCGUCGUCGCCAUUCCAUUCCGUUUCAGCACCUGACAGCUCAGCCAGCCAUGCAUAUGUAUGGUAUGUUUCACAGAACUAAGAAAAUGCUUGCAAAUGUGUGGUGCGCCGUGGAACAUCAAUGUCCAUGA